GUAUAGCAUCCGGGGACUUUAAAAUUAAAACGAGGCUCCAGUUUCGUACGGGAAUUUGGUGGAAAUUUUGUAAAUAGAUGGCAUCUGGUGGUUAUGGACGUGGUGGCCGAGGGGCAGCUUUACUGCAAGCACUUAGUCAACCAGCAAGAAAACCUGGUGAUAAUGGGCAAGAUUCAACUGAAAAGACACAGCAGUCAUCAGGAACUCCUGCAACCACAUCUGCUCCAGCCCCGAUGGGUAGAGGUGCUCUACUUGCAAGUGUUUUGAGUCAGACCCAGUCUUCCCAGCAGCACUCACCAGGUGGAGAUGCCCCUGCUGUUCCUAGACCAAUGGGACGAGGAUUAGCUUCUAUGCAGGCUUUGUUAAAAGCAUCUGGUCAGACAUUGCCCCAGACAACAGCUAGAGGAGCUGCAUUCAUGACACAGCAUGCAGAGACAACAGUAGCUCCACAUCCUCCCAGUCCUCCAAGGAAGAUAGUAACUCCACCCACUCAACAUUCUCCAGUUACUCAACAGCAUGUAUCUCCUCAAGCAAGGCAUGAGGUAGCAGGCACAGAAUCUCAUGGUCCGCCAACCAGUGGUCUUGCUAGAAUGUCGUUAGACAGAAAACCAGUUGUACAUAAUUCUGGGGAAGUUGGAGAUCCAUUGAGACUGUCUGCAAAUUAUAUCAGAAUACAGUGUAAGAACAAAGGUGUCUACCAAUAUCAUGUAGAUUUCCGACCCAAUAUUGACAGUAAAGGGAUGCGUAUAAGGUUCAUAAAUGAACACAGAGAUGUAAUUGGAUUUACCAAAGCAUUUGAUGGGUCCAUCCUAUAUUUGCCCAUAAAAUUGGAACAGCAGGAAACAGUUCUGCACAGUGAACGUCCAACAGAUCAAGCCAAAAUUACAAUUGUGAUAAAAUUGACAAAAGUUCUCCAACCAGAAUCUUGCCAACAGCUCUACAACAUUGUUUUUAGAAGAAUAAUGACUAUAUUAGAGAUGGUUCAGGUUGGCAGAUAUUACUACAAUCCUCAUACACCUUCCAGUGUACCACAACAUAAGUUGGAAGUAUGGCCAGGAUAUAUUACAGCAGUAGCUGAGCAGGAAGGUGGGCUCAUGUUACUGGCUGAUGCCUCACAUAGAGUCCUACGAACAGAGACUGUCCUUGAUGUCAUGACUAACAUUGUGAAUAAGAAUGCUCAGGGAUUCCGUGAUGAGGUGAUACGCACGUUGGUUGGUACAGUUGUACUCACUCGUUACAACAACAAGACAUACAGAGUAGAUGACAUUGUGUGGGAUAAGACACCAAGGCAAACUUUCUCCACACAUUCCGGUGGAGAAAUGUCAUUCUUAGAGUACUACAAAAAAAACUAUAACCUCACAAUCCAUGACCAUGAACAACCUCUUCUGCUACAUCGACCGAAGAAAAGAAUGGAACAGGGCGGGCAACCAAGAAAACAGCCCGAGGUUAUUUGUUUGAUACCCGAGUUGUGUUACAUGUCUGGUCUCACUGAUGCCUUAAGACAGGACUUCAGAGUCAUGAAGGAUUUAGCUUGUCAUACAAGAGUUACUCCAGAACAACGGAAAUUGACAAUGAAGAAGUUUAUUGACUCAGUGAACAAUAGUCCAGAUGCAAGGGGAGAACUUGAUAAAUGGGGUCUUCAACUGGACACUAACACCUUACAGUUUGAUGGUCGUUUGUUGCCACAAGAAGAAAUAGUGUUUGGCUCAGGUAAAGUUCCAGCUGGACCUAAUGCUGACUGGGGUCAAGCUACAGGUCGUCAACAAGUUAUCACAGCCGUUGCACUGCAGAACUGGGUUGUCUUAUAUACAAGAAGAGAUCAGGGUAAAGCUAAUGACUUCAUCAGCUGGAUGUUAAAGUUGUGUCCACAGAUGGGAAUAGCAUGUAAUCCACCAACAAGGUUUGAACUGCGAGAUGAUAGGGUAGAGACGUACAUCCGAGCUCUCAGGGAACAUAUCAAUCCAAAACUUCAACUGGUUGUUGCAAUUUGCCCUACCAGCAGAGAUGACCGAUACUCUGCUAUCAAAAAGACAUGUUGUGUUGACCACCCUAUUCCAAGUCAGGUGAUCAUUGGAAAGACAAUUGGUGAUCAGAAGAAGAUCAGAUCUGUUGUACAGAAGAUAGCCCUUCAAAUAAACUGUAAACUUGGAGGAGAACUCUGGGGUGUUUCCAUACCAUUUAAAAGCAUAAUGGUGAUUGGAGUUGAUAUAUACCAUGACUCAGCAGGGAAGAAACAAAGUAUUUGUGGGUUUGUUGCCAGUAUGAACAGGAACUGUACACGCUGGUUCAGUCGAUGUCGAGUACAACCAGUCAGCCAGGAACUUGUUGAUGGCCUCAAGAUAUGCCUAGUGUCUGCAUUAACUAAAUUCCAUGAAGUGAACCACAGUUUGCCUGACAAGAUUCUGGUAUUCCGUGAUGGUGUUGGUGAUGGACAGUUGAACACAGUAGCUGACUAUGAAGUUAGUCAACUGAGGACAUGCUUCUCUAGCUUUGGGGAAUACUCCCCCAAACUCUCAUUUGUUGUCGUGCAGAAACGUAUCAACACUAGGAUUUUCCUAAAUAAAGGACGACAGAUGGAGAAUCCCCCAUCAGGAACAGUGGCAGAUCACACCAUCACUAGGAGGGACUGGUAUGAUUUCUUCCUGGUAUCACAGCAUGUACGUCAGGGUACAGUAUCCCCCACCCACUAUAUUGUUGUCAGUGAUGACUCCGGUAUGAAGCCGGAUCACAUGCAGCGUAUGGCCUACAAGAUGACACAUAUGUACUAUAACUGGCCAGGAACCGUACGUGUCCCAGCACCUUGUCAAUAUGCACACAAGUUGGCUCAGCUUGUUGGUCAAAACAUUCACAAGGAACCAAGUCAAGAGCUGUCAGAUAGACUGUUUUUCCUUUAGACUUGUAUCAUGUGUACAGAACAAUCCUCAAUAUUUGUUCUCAAGUUCAAGGAUCUCAGGGUAUACAGAUGUG